AUGGAUAAAGUUAAUAAUAGAAUUUUAAAUCUUACUCAGCAUUUACUUGUUGUAAAUCCAACCAGUGCAACUUUAGAAUCUGAACAAACAGUAGCUAAUACUACUAACACUGCCGCCAAAACCGCUGUUGUUAAGAAAUCAAAGCAUGAUGCCGAUAUUGAAUCUGAUGGAUCUAUUGCAAGAGAAAAGUUGAAUGAAGAGGAAUUGGAUAUCACUGUAGAGAUGAACACAAAGACCAAUCAAUAUGAGAUAAAGACAGUGCCAAAUACAUUGUCGUUCGAUCAAGGAUUUUUCCAUGCGAUUCGUGCCAUCGAGUUGUUGGCAGAGGCCGACCCACAACGUGGAAUCGUCAUUGGUAUCGCUGGUCCAGUCGGUGCCGGUAAGACGACACUCGCCCAAAAGAUCUCUGGUCUCGUCAACGCAUUGGUCAUCGAUCUACAGGAUUUUGUCAAACUAGAAAUGGUUAAAGAUAACAAUUACGAUGAUCCAAUCUUAAUUGAUUAUGAUAAAGUUGUUGAAUCACUUAAUAAUUUGAAAAAGAAUCAACCAGUUGAUUUACCAACCAUUAUCAAGCAUAAGGAGACUGGUAUUGCAAGAGUUGAGAUCAAACGAGUCACAUUGCCAGCCUCGAAAGUGCUGAUUCUCGAAGGUUCCUAUGCACUGAGUGCCAAGAUCAGACCACUUUUGGAUAUUAGUAUUGCAAUCACUGGUGGUGUUCAUCUCGAUUUAAUUAAGAGAAUCAUGAGAGAUAUUGUUAUUGCCAAGAGUUCAACAAAGGAUGUUUUAUUACAAAUUACAAAUGUAGUAUUCCCAAUGUUUAAAGCAUUUGUAGAACCAGAUUUGGAUCAAGCAAAGAUAAAGAUUCAUUCAUCUUACAAUCCAAUGAGUCAGGUGGUGGAACCAACCUAUGUUUGCAAAGCAAAGUACGAGUCACACAAAGAGAAUUUCGAUCAAUUCUUGACAUCGCUAAACAAAGAUGUCAAACCAGUCAAGAAGAUCUUCUCCGACAUGUAUCUCUACCCACCCAAAUCUAUCGAUGGUAUCUCACAGGCUGACAAAACCAAUUGGAUUCGUAUAAGACGUACUGAUAAAGGUCAAUUCAAUAUUUAUUUCUAUAGAGAAGUUAUGGAUGCAACUAUUAAUACUAGACCAUCAUUAAACUUUGAGAUCUCAGUAAAGACUAUUGGUGGAUUGUUAUCGCUGGGCUAUCAGAUCGGUGCAAUCUUGAAUAGAACGGUCGAGGUUUGGUAUGAGAAGAGUGGAAUCAUCGUCACCAAAGAGUAUAUCAAGGAGUUGGAGAAGUAUUUCAUCCAGAUCAAAGGUCAAAACAGAAGAGAGGUCAUUGAGUUUGCCGAUAAACUCAAGAUGACAAACAUACACGUACCACAGACAUUCCUUUAUCUCUAUUUCAAAAAGUUGAAGAAAAACAAAUUAAGAUCGGAAGCAAACAAGAAUAAUAGCAAUAAUACCAACAACACCAACAGCAACACCAUUAUCGAUUCAAAACUUCAAAAGAAUAAUACAUCAAAGAAAAUUAAACAACAACAACAACAAAAACAACAAGAACAACAAUCAAAACAAAUUAUAAAACAAUAA